AUGAGUGCUCAAAUGCCAGAACUUGGUAGUAAAAUUACUUUAAUUUCUAAAGCGGAUAUUCGUUACGAAGGUCGAUUAUUUACCGUUGAUCCACAAGAAUGUACAAUUGCCCUAGCUAAUGUUCGCUCAUUCGGAACAGAAGAUAGGGAAACUCAGUAUCCUGUUCCGGCCCAGAGUCAAGUGUAUGAUUACAUACUUUUUAGAGGAUCUGAUAUUAAGGAUAUAAGAGUUGUUACUACUCAAAUACCAAAUGAUCCUGCAAUUGUUCAGCUUGUUCCUCCAACCAUUAAUCAACAGCCUGGCUAUCAAACUCAAGCAUUUAGUCACCCUGUCAUGGGGUCGUCAUUGUCUCAGUACCCUGGAUAUGGUGGAAUGGGUGGUAUGCCAUCUGGUAACAUAGGACUUCAAAGAGCACCUGGCCCACUGCUAAUGCAACCAAGUGAGUUAGGAUCUACUGGGUCUGCUUCUGAUCCACCCCAGUCAGAGGGCCCUACCCCUUCAUUACAAACCUCUAAUGUUCCUAUUGGGCCUCUCUCAAUUGACAAAGAACAAGAUCUUAUUGGAGGAGUUUCGCGUUUUACGACGCCCAGCGUGACCAGGAAAAGUCCGACCAAUGAUCAAGGGACGCAGGUCAACAAUUCUCCAGCAAGAGAUGACCACAAAAAACCCCGCCCUAUACAACCUCCUCAAAGGGAUAGAGAUGGUUCUCGUCGAGACAACCAAGUUUACCAUGGCGGUCAAGGCUAUCAAAGAGACAAGGACUAUCAAGGAAAUAGAAGGGAUUACCAAACUCGCGAUAGGGGAGAUUAUCAAAACCGCGAUCAAUAUGCUUAUCAAAGAAGGGAAUCAAAUCGAUCUGGAAGUGGUGGAGGUUUUAGAAUGCAGCGAGGUAACUUAAGGCAAAGCGGUAAUCGUUCUCGUGGUCCUCCGAAGCAUUACAAUCGACCUGGUGGUCCAACCACUAAAAAAACUACUCUUAAGUUUGACGGUGAUUAUGAUUUUGACAAAGCAAACACCGAAUUCGAAGAACUUCGAAAUCAAUUGGUCAAAGUCAAAAUAAGUAACGGAUCCGAUACGGGCAAUAAAGUAAAUGGUGAAUCCGAUAAAAAAGACGAUUCGGGAAAUGAAACGGGAGCAGGAGAAAAUGAGCAAGAAGAAGAAUCUAUUCCAGAGCCUUAUUGGCGUACGGAACGAAAAUUAAAUUCUGAAACUUUUGGUGUUGCAUCAGCCCGACGUGGAGCAUUUAGAGGACGUGGUUAUUACGGUGGACGAGGAUACAAUAGACCGCAAGGAGGGUUUAGGCCACGUGGACCUCCGAGAACUGAAAGAAACAGUAAUUCAGUCGAAGAAAAUGGUUCGAAAGAAAAAGGAAAAGAAACAACUUGUAAAAGUAUUAAAAGACAGGAGAUGUUCUUUUAA